UUUUUCCUUCCAAAUAUGUUUCAAAAGAAUGAACGAGCGCCAUUGGAAGGUGUUACACUAACAGAUUACUGGCAUGUGUCAGACAUGAUGACAUUUGACAACGUGGGAUUCUCAAAAACUGUGGACAACAUUAAAUAUUUGAUAUGUGCUGAUUGUGAGAUUGGACCUAUUGGGUGGCACUCUGUCCUGGAUAAGACAGCCUACUACAUUGCUGUGGACAGAGUCAAGCAUGGAUGACACCUGUCCCUUCUAGUAUUGCCUUUCAUUUGUUUGUUUUGUUGGUAGCUCAGUCUUAUCGGAAUGUAUUUUUAACCCCCCCAAAAACUGUUUAUAUAUAUGCCAUUUCAUGAGUAAGUAGUAGUGUUUUUUUUCUGUUCAUACAAUGCUCUCAUAAAGUACGUUGUAACCCGUCUUGAAAACAUUUCCUUUUCAUCAUGUCUGUAUUACUUUAAGCGUACGGUACUUUAUUAUUGAUAUCUGUUUCUUCCAUGUGUGCUUGCCCUUUCUGAAGAUGUUGUUAUUGUCAAAGAAUCUUCAACCUUCUUCUCUCAUGAACUGAGAAGAUGUGUGGGUGCCUAAAGAAAGGUACCAAAAGUUGCCACAGACCUUGUUGAACUGCAGGCUGAUAAAGACCAAAAAAAAACUCUUUGGACCAAAAUGUGUUUCCCUAAAAAAAUGAUAGUUCCACCAUUUUUUUACAAUGUGUUAAAAAGGGUUUUCGUUGAUUUGACAUCUUAUUUUAUUUUGAAUAAUUUUGAGACUAGGGUAUUUUUAAAGAGAUAAUGAAGACUGCUUUUAGAUGGUG